AUGUCGACGGCUUCACCGGAAACAAGAAGCAGAGGUCUACAUGACACAAAUGUCACUGUCGAUCUCCUACUCGAAACAUGGCACAAGUCCUCCGUGUCUAAGAAAAUGGGAAGUCUUCUCUCUGCUGAGAGUGAGUUUGAUGAAGAAGGUACCGAAUCGAGCCAGGUUUUCGACACAAAGGUGGUUGAGGCUCUUACGCUUUUGGUAGCAACAAAGAAUGGGACAGGGGGUCAUAUGACACCGAUGGAUACCAGUACAGCACAAUUAGACCUACCAAGCUUUGACUAUUCUCCUCUACCUAUUCCCAAUGAUUUGCCCCUUCGACCACAAGCAGGAGAAUUGUUUCAUACCACCGUCGGUCGCGAACCAGAACCCGCCCCACGGCCUCUUAAAUCCACACCAUCACCUAUCCCCGACCUUCCGAAGAACUGGUCAUAUCUCCUUGACCUCUAUUUCGAGACGACGCAUUGUUGGUUUCCAAUAUCGCAAAAGCACGAACUCUUGCGUGCUGCGUAUACACUAUCCAACGAACCAUCGAAGACAUCUAUUAGUUCACUAUCAGCUGAAGAACUAGCCUUUCUUCAUGCUGUGCUUACAUACGCCUCAUACCAGUCGACUACCUUAUCAAGUAACUCCAGCAGGAAACCCGAUGAUAUACAUGACUUCAAGUCGCCACAAAGUCUACUCGAGACAAGUUUGUUCGCGAACCCAACUGCCUUUGAUCUCGGCCACGUUCGAGCUCUGCUCAUUAUAUGCCUCUUUGAGAUGGAUCAGAAGCGCUGGCCUUUAGCAUGGACUACAAUAGGCCGGGCUAUAUAUACAGCGAUAUCCCUUGGGUUACUUUCUCAAGGCAACAUGACUAAUCCUUCAAGCCAGGAUGGCGUAAAACGGACCAUUAUGGGCUGCACAAUACUAGAGACCAUGGUUGCAGCACGUCUCGAUACUCUUCCAUAUCUCACAUCCUCCAAUGUAUUGCUUCAAGGCGGCUUGUUAGCUGAUGGGAACGAGGAAUGGGAGCCUUGGAACCUCAAGAUCCUCGUUGAACCCCAAUCUCAGCAAGACCAGGAGAACACAAACUCACAUGUUCCAGGGCAUGUGAUAAGUACUUUUAACAGAUCACUCCAGACCAUUCUAUCAUUGAACGGUCUGAUCCACCACAAGAAAGACUUGCCGGCAGCUCGAAACUUUGGCGAACUCAUGAGUUUAUGCAAAGAGAACUUGAGCACUAUGGGCAACUUGGACGCUACCAACUUAUCGCCCCAAGCUCUCAGUCUCUGGACAGCUUCAAUAGCGGUAUUUGAACUAGCAGCAGCGGAGUCUUUGAUCUCCAACCUUCCUAUCCUCGAACGCCCAAGUGGCUAUUGGGGGAAUGUCUCAUACUUAGCUAGCCUCACGGAGAAACGCGUUCGGAGCAUAGGUCGUUGUGCUAUCUCUCCUGUCGUCAAGGCUUGCAUGGAAUCAGUUAAGAGGUCUCUGCGUCACCAAGAAGGGCAUUAUACUGCUAGUAAUAUCGGCGACGAUCUCCAUUGCGCCAAAGAAGCCGUUGCGAAAUGUUUGGAUACCUUACAAGAGUCGUUGGGAGGAACGUCCCAGGACGAUGCCUCGAACGAUUCACAGUUGAUAUCUGCCGGCAACGUCAAUCAUUCGCUUCUCCCAAUGUACCUUGCAGUCGGCAAGGAACCAGUACCAUCCCAGUUCGAUCUUCCGUCCACUCCAUCAACACUGCGGUCGAAUAAGGUGGGCAAUUCACUGCAGCACAAUGAAACAGAUGCACACCCUGCAGGCGGAAUCUCAUUCCCAAUAGACCCAGAUUUGGUCUCAAAUAUUGAAGACGAUGGCCUUUUUGAUAGUCUCGCCACGUUGGACUCAAUUGAUUGGCUGGCCAACCCACCAGAGUUCAUGCAGCAUCUUGGAAUGCUUGAUGAUGCCCCUAAUAAUCUUGAACACCUCUUCGACAUGGGAUUCUAA